CAGUCGAGUGUCGACUACUCUCGUUUAUCCAAUUUACUUAUAGUUUGUUCUUUGGUAGUAUCCCUAUUCUCUAGUACUUUUCGAAUCUACUCUUCUUGUCCGUGACUCCGUGGUCCGUCACUCAUCUGGUUGAUGGCCACACUAGAAACCCAUUCAAUUUUGUUCACUUUUAUUUCGUAGUUUUAUUUAAAGUUUCUUCUUGUCAUUAGUUUUGAUUAUUUAACAGCUAUCUUAACUAUUCGCCUUCUAAUUAUUCGAGCUGAAUUUCGAUCGUGGUGAUGAAUAUUUGGUGAACAAUUUUAUCAAUCAGUUGGGUUUUUAGAAAAUAAUAAUGACUUCCAACGGUGACAAAUACUGUUAUCUUUCCGAAUUUAAAUGGCUGCAAAAGUUUGGGCCAUCGUACUUGGUCAAAUCAGAAAACAUCACAGCUUUAAAGAGCCCCUCUGAGUUCUAUCACACACUUUUGGACCGAUGUCGUACGGCAAAACAUCGCAUUGUAAUAGCUUCUUUAUACCUGGGCAUUGGAAAUCUGGAACAAGAACUUGUACACACCAUAAAAGAUGCUAUGGAAAACAGGCAAAAAUUGAGCGUAAGGGUUUUGUUAGACGCUAACCGUGGGUCAAGAGGUAAAAUAAGUUCACGCACCAUGUUGAUGUCAAUACUGAAUCCAUCAUUUGAUUGCCGUGUGUAUUUGUACCAUACCCCGAAAUUGAGAGGUCUUCUUCGGUUGCUGUUACCUGAAAGAUAUAAUGAAUUAAUAGGAAUACAGCACAUGAAACUAUACAUGUUUGAUGACUCUAUAAUUAUCAGCGGAGCAAAUUUAAGUCAAGACUAUUUUACUAACCGACAAGACAGAUAUAUUCUCAUUGAAGACUGCAAGCCAUUAGUUGAUUUUUAUAUAGGAUUAGUUGAAUUAUUAGGCCGUAUGUCAUUUCAGCUGACAAAUAAAAACACUUUAACGUUGGAUCCUACUUGGGAACAUCAUCCAUAUAAGAGUCCUUAUCAAACUUAUGCUUCAGAGGCUAGAAAACAGUUAAUGCAUUAUUAUAAUACACAUAUUAUCAAACAUCCAACUUCUGAAAAAGAUACGGACACAAUAGUUUAUCCUUUAAUUGAAUUUCCUCCAUUUGACAUACACCAAGAUAGUCAAACAACUAAUCUUCUUAUGUGUAAUGCUAAACCGGGAUCUACAAUGCACAUGGCCACUGGAUAUUUCAACAUACCAGAUAUUUACACAAAUACUAUGUUCCAAAAAUCAUUGGCCAACUUCAAAAUAUUGUUUUCCCAUCCAAUGGCCAAUUCAUUUCAACAAGCUAAAGGACCUGCUGGAUUUAUACCUACUGCAUACAGCUAUCUCACAAAUACUUUUUUUGGUGAAAUUGAAAAACUCAAGCUUCAUGAACGUAUCUCUUGUUUUGAAUACCAAAGAACUGGAUGGACAUUUCAUUCCAAGGGUUUGUGGUACACUCCAAACAAUUAUGAAUUGCCUGUACUAACAGCUGUUGGCUCUUCGAAUUAUGGAGCCAGAUCAUUGAAUUGUGAUUUAGAAUCUCAAUUGAUAAUUGUAACAAAUAACAAAAAAUUGCAACAAAAUUUCCAUACUGAAAAAAGUGAUAUUUUUAAAUCAACAUCAUUAUAUAUUCCAGAAAGUGAAUUUAAAGCACCUCUUUGGGUACGAUUUGUUUUAAGAGUGUUUAAAAAUUAUUUUUAAUUAUUUUGAGAAACCAUUUUUUUUACCAAAAAUAUAUUUUAUUUAAAAGUAUAAGUAUGUUUAUUCUUAAUACUAUUGAAAUAAUCCAAAAUACUCAUGUUAUUUUCAUCUUGGGCUUAUAUUCUUCAAUUACCUUACGAUACUAUGUUUAUAUCAAAAAAUGAAUUGUUCAUCUAAUUUUAUAUUUGAACAACAUUUUAUCAUGAAAUAAAAACCACUUUUAUUUGAGAUAAUACUCAAUUUUUUAAAUUACCUGUAUUUUACAUAUUAUUACUCUAGUUAAAAGUUGGGUUGUAUACCAAUUUUUAGAAUUAAAAUGUUGUAGAAGAAAAAUAAUUUUAAGCAAAGCUCAUUUAGUCUAUAAAUAGUCAUUAUUUAGCUCAAAUCUAAUCUUAGCUUAUAACUUUUUAUUAGUGUUUUGCUACUUUUGUACUUUUCUCGAACACUAAUGAGAAAUCAUUAAAAAAUACCUGUUUUAAGUACUUAUUAUAUAUUAAACAUUUAUGUUAUAUUUAUAAACAUUUUGAGGUGCUAAAUAAAAUGUAAAGAUCCAUUUUUACUACAAGUAAUUAUUUAAAAAACUGUUUACCGCAAACAUAAUUUAUUUUGAAAAAAAUUAAGUUGAUAAGUUCCUUCAAAGAGAAGAA